UACUGAACAGCAACCCGUCUUUCGUACUGUAUGACGAGUUGCUAGCUGUAGGCGCCACACACUGACGCGAAACAUCUGUUGCAGACAGAAUUGUUAAUUAAAAUUUGAUUUCAUACUAAUUUUUAUGUAAGAAAUUGUAACUCUAUACAGAAAUAGAAGUAGAAAAAUCAAUUGAAACCCGACAACAUAUAAAUUUCUUUUAACGAGAUAAUAAACUUUGUAAGCAUUUCGAUGAUCUCUUAUUGUCUUAUCAAAGAUGAUGACAAAUUAACAGUUUCUAAGAAUUAUUAAUUAAAAUUAUAAUUGAAACUGUAAUAAGUGACGUAAGAAGAAGAAGAAGAAGCGACGAUAAACGAGCUAAUGAAUAAAACGAAAGGAGCAGGCAAGCUUCUUUUAGUCGGAAAACAGGAUUUAAGGUUAAGAAUUGAGCUGGAAAAUAAUGAAAAAAUGAGAUAAUAAAAAUUAUAAUAGCGACAGAAAAGCUGAAAUUUGAGAGUGAUAGAGAAACACGAUUAUAUAAUAAUAAAUAAAAAUGAUGACAGUAUCUUGUAAACAAAAUUAGUAAAACAACAUAGCUUCAAUAACGGAACAAGUAAUUGAGAAAUGCUGAAAGAGUUACAUCAAAUAAUUUGAAACGAAUUAAAUAUACUGAAGAAUCCAUUAUACAGAAUAAACUUCAAGAUUCGAAAUAGAAGGGAAGAAGAAGAAUGUUCGCUUCGAACACAGUAUAUCGAAGAAUCCUAUAGCAAAAUAAAGGCCUAAUAAAUACUGCAUAAAAAAAGAAGAAUGCUUACAAACAAUUUAUUACUAUUUUAUGUGUUAUUAGUCACACCGAUUUCUAUCACUUUGUUCUUGUAUGGUUUCUUUCCAAUUGCUCAUUAUGGCAAUGCGAUUGCCACACAACUGGACAUUCCACAGCAUGUUGGUAACGUGAGCGUAAAAACAAAUCUCCUGUACAAGCCAAUGGUGACGAGGCUAAUCAUCAUGGUGAUUGAUGCACUGAGAUGGGACUUUGUCGCAGGUCCAGUGGGAAAAGAAGCCAUGCCAGUGACGAGCAGCCUACUAAUAAAUUCUUCCGGCUGCUUGAUAAAAGCCAAAUUGCAAUCACCCACAGUAACCAUGCCUAGAAUAAAGGCGAUGAUGACCGGCACAGUGCCGAAUUUUGUGGAUGUGAUACUGAAUUUCGGGAGCAAGCCUCACAACAGCGACAGCCUGCUGCUUCAGGCGAGGAGGCAGGAGCGUCGUUUGGUAUUUUAUGGCGACAACACUUGGCUCUCUCUGUUCCCCCAUGCAUUCGAGCGUCACGAAGGCACCACCUCAUUUUUCGUUACAGAUUUUACGGAAGUGGAUAACAAUGUAACUCGACAUAUAGAAGACGAGCUCAAUCGUGAUGAUUGGUCCGUGAUGAUUCUCCAUUACCUCGGACUCGACCAUAUCGGUCAUGUUGAAGGCCCGUUCAGCACGUCGAUCAAGCCGAAACUGCGAGAAAUGGAUGAGAUCAUCGACCGAAUAGCCCGAAGAGUACAGUAUUGGAACAACGAUGGAAUACCCGCACUCUUCGUCGUCUGCGGCGAUCACGGGAUGAAGGACUCAGGUGGCCACGGCGGGUCGACCCCACAAGAAACGACGGUGCCGUUGGUCAUGAUGGGAGGAACCCGGUGUUCUCAUCAGGAAAACGGUGAAUCGAUCGAGAUUGAACAGCUCGACAUAGCAGCGACGCUGUCGGUCGUCCUCGGACUACCCAUUCCUUCCACGAAUCUCGGCUCUGUGUUCCUCGACAGUAUCUACGAUCUCCCUGACGCCAAGCGACUCUUCCUCCUCUAUUACAACUCGAAGCAGCUGUUUGAUUAUUUCCGGAAUCUCCCGCACCGCGAGUCACACAGUGUAUCUCAUGAACAUGUACAACAAAAGUACGCGGAUACUGUGAAGCUGCAUGUCACUUGGUUGAACGGGAACGAGAACUCGAGCGAGAUGGGUGUCGAGGGUAUCGUCUCGUCUUACAAUACAAUCCUCAAACAAAUGAAGAAUGCCCUAAUUAGCAGUAUGGUCAAAUACGACUUCCGUUCGAUGAUCGCUGCCGUGUUUCUCCUGUGUCAAAUUCUCAUCAUUGUGUUCUUUGUGCAAAAUUUUACUUGCACUGUGUAUAGAAAGAUGCCGUUCUCUUUUUUCAAGUAUUUCUUUCUGCAUUUGGGAUUAUGUUACGUGUACUGCCAUCAGAAUACGACAUCGUUCUAUUCAAUGGAUGCACUUGAUGUUUUACUGCUUCUACUUAUCAUCAGUAUUUCGUCCAUAAACAUCUAUUUUUGUACGAGCAGCCAUUUGUCUCUGGUGGAGUUUACAAAAGGACCAAAAAUACGCGGAGUAUUCCAAAUGGGCGCGUUAUUACACGUAGCAAGCUUCGCCGGCAGCAGUUUCGUUGAGGAAGAGCAUCAGACCUGGCAUUUCCUCUGGGCCAGUACAGUCGCAUACUUGCUCUAUCAUUGCUACGGAAAAUUGCUCAUGUAUCUCCGAUAUUGCAGUGAUUCUAGGCAUUCGCGCCACAUUCAACUUUGUAUUAAGCUGUUGCUGCUGCUAGUAGGCCACCGAGUUCUGCGACAGCUGAACAGCACCGGCGAUAAGUACGCUCAACUGCCUGACCUAGCUGGCUGGCUGAAAGAAGACAGCACCAAAGUGGGAAUGACGCUUCUACUUUUAACUGCGCUCGUUCUUUUGAUAUGGACCGCGUAUGAAUGCGAGGAUAAAGGAUACAGGUGGCAAUCGUUGAUCUGCAACGUGGCCAUUGCGCUGUGCAUAUAUCUUCGUCAUAUGGCCAACGGUGCAAUCAUGAAAAUUCCAAACUUGCAUUUUUCAUCGAGUGGAAUACUCGAGGUGCAGACAUUUUGGGGAAUAACGACGUUAUGCCUCCUAAGCUACAGCUAUCGGGUGAUAUCGGUACUUAGACGCAACAAACCGCGUUUCGCCAGCAUAAUGAUGUUCAUCAUCAUCAAUAUCUGGGUGAUGAUCUCGGCGAUUUUGCAUCAGCCGUACAACGUGAUCCUGUUGCCGAUACAGAUCGUCGCGAGCUCAACGAUCGACGCUGCACUGCGAGAGAACGAUUUACUCGAUGUCAGCGUCUUUGUGCACUGCUGGUUAGGCAACGUAUUCUACUUUUAUCAGGGAAACUCCAAUAGUCUCGCAAGUGUAGACAUCGCAGCGGGAUACGUUGGCCUGCGCUCCUAUGUUCCCUUCAUCACCGGUGUUUAUCUGAUCAUCAACACCUAUUCCGCGCCUGUGCUGGCUUACUUCCUGCUCGUUUACUAUCAGUUGAACACGACAGAUUGUGUAGACGUCAGACGCACGAGCAGGACUUACGUCGCAUGGAGGCUGUUAACGGUGACCGUUUACACGUUCAUCGUCAUCGUGCAGCGUCAUCAUCUGUUCGUGUGGUCGGUGUUCUCGCCGAAAUUGCUAUACGAAGCGAUGUACACCGCGACGACGUGCUGUAGCGUGUUAUUAGCGUUGAUCGUGAUCACGUUGCAAGAUGCACUAAGUAAUUCCUAAUUCCACAUCAAGUUCCACAUCUCACGAGAGCUCAAUCUACGCAACACUGCAGGAAUCAGUGUGAAAUACCAAAUACAUUCACUUGUUUCAAUAAACUUGUUGUAAAUAUACUUGUUAUAAACCUGUUAAAUAUAUAUGUAUUAUACAUUAA